ACGCCAAAGGAGUUUCAAAAACCCCCGGUUUUCUAAAAACAAGUCUCGUUCUAUAAUCAGAUCUCUCGGUGGAGAAGAAGAGGGGAAAAAACAAAUACAAUCGGAAACCGAGAUUAUAAUCUCAUAUUGAUCAUCUUUUACUUUAUCCUUUCUUUACAUUAUCAGCUAUUUGGAGUGAGAAAGACAGGUUACAAAUACAAUAUCAGAUUUAUACUCUUUCUUUUCCAAAUUUUGGCCAUAUGGAACUGCAGAACGCAGUCAAGCAAGCCCUAAACGCUCUUUAUCAUCAUCCUGACGAUGCUGUUCACAUAGAGGCCGAUCGAUGGCUUCAAGAGUUUCAGCGAACACUUGACGCUUGGCAGGUGGCUGACAAUUUACUUCAUGAUGUCAGUAGCAAUCAGGAGACAUUAAUCUUUUGUUCUCAGACUUUAAGAAGCAAGGUACAACGAGAUUUUGAAGAACUACCUCCUGAAGCCUUUUGUCCCUUGCGGGACUCCCUGACUACAUUGUUGAAGACAUUUCACACGGGUCCACCAAAAGUCAGAACACAGAUUAGUUUGGCAGUGGCUGCAUUGGCAGUACAUGUGUCAACAAAAGAUUGGGGUGAUGGUGGCAUUGUAAAUUGGCUUAGAGAUCAAAUGAAAUCUCAUCCUGAAUGCAUACCCAGUUUUCUUGAGCUUCUUAAAGUUCUACCCGAGGAAGUCUUCAACUAUAAGAUAGCAGUUCGUCCAGAUAGACGACGCCAAUUUGAAAAAGAAUUGACGUUUGCUGUUGAAGCUGCUCUUGAUAUCCUGACUGCUUGUGGAAAAUUUGUUGAACUCAAAGAGCAGGUUCUUGAGGCAUUUGCUUCUUGGCUACGGUUAAGGCCCAGGAUCCCUACUGCUGUUCUUGUUUCUCAUCCAUUAGUACUUACAGCUCUUUCUAGCUUGAAUUCUGACAUCCUUUCAGAGGCAUCCGUCAAUGUUAUUUCUGAGCUGAUCCACUACACAUCAUCAAAACGUUCGUCUUGCAUUUCUGAGCAGAUGCCUUUAAUUCAAGUAAUUGUUCCUCAAGUGAUGAACCUUAAGGAACAACUUAAAGACCCUUCCAAGGAUGAAGAAGAUGUGAAGGCAAUAGCUCGUUUAUUUGCUGACAUGGGUGAUUCUUAUGUUGAAUUGAUUGCCAAUGGCUCGGAUGAAUCUAUGUUGAUCGUUUACGCUUUACUGGAAGUGGCUUCACAUCAAGAGUACGACAUUGCCUGUAUGACAUUCAACUUUUGGCACAAUCUUCAGACUAUUCUGAUUGAAAGGCACUCUUACACAUCAUUUGGUGAUGAAUCUUCCAUAGAAGCCGAAAGAAAUCGCAGGAUCUUGAUAUUUCAGUCAUCAUAUGAAUCAUUGGUUUCCUUGGUUAGUUCAAGAGUUCAAUAUCCGGAAGAUUAUGGAGUGCUUACGACUGAGGAUCAAAAGGAUUUCAAACAGACUAGAUAUGAUGUUGCGGAUGUUCUAAUUGAUGCAGCAGUGGUACUAGGGGGUGAAGCGACACUGAAGAUUCUUUAUAUGAAGUUUGGUGAGGCUGUGGCUCGCAGUCAAAAUGAAGAAAGCAGCAGAUGGCAACCAGCAGAGGCUGCUCUAUAUUGUAUAAGGGCCAUAUCUGAUUAUGUAUCUUUUACAGAAGCUGAAUUUUUGCCCCAGAUUAUGUCAUUGCUUCCAACACUCCCUCGUCAACAUCAGCUUUUGACAACUGUGUGUUUGACAAUUGGGGCAUAUUCUAAGUGGAUUAAUGCAUCACCUGGUGGAUUCACCACAUUCCUUCCUUCAUUGAUUGAGAUUCUUGUUAGUGGAAUGAGUGUUUCUGAAGACUCGGCGGCAGCGGCAGCUUUAGCUUUUAGGCACAUCUGCAAUGAUUGUGGGAAGAGACUUUCCGGAUCCUUGGAUGGCCUCUUUCACAUAUACCAAAGAGCAGUGACUGGAGAAGGUAGCUUUAAGGUUUCUGCAGAAGAUUCACUUCAUCUAGUUGAGGCUUUAAGUGUAGUCAUAACUGAACUUCCUCCUGAGCAUGCUAAAAGAGCUCUUGAAAUGCUCUGUUUGCCAGCAGCAAAUUCUCUUCAGGAAAUUAUCAAUCAAGGGCCUCUUAUCUUGGGACAAGUAAAUGCUCGUGAUGUAACAGUUCAUAUUGAUAGACUAGCAAAUAUCUUCAGAUAUGCGAGUCAUCCUGAAGCUGUUGCAGAUACAAUUCAGAGGAUUUGGCCGAUAUUCAAAGCAAUUUUUGAUACUCGUGCUUGGGAUACAAGGACCAUGGAAUCCUUAUGUCGGGCGUGUAAAAAUGCUGUAAGAACGUCAAGAAGAUUCAUGGGAGUUACUAUUGGAGCAAUGCUUGAGGAGAUACAAGGACUGUAUACACAACAUCAUCAACCUUGUUUUCUUUAUCUCUCUAGUGAGGUUAUAAAGAUAUUUGGAUCUGAUCAGUCAUGUGCUGACUACUUGAAAAUAUUAAUAGAAUCACUCUUCAGCCAAACUACUCAUCUGCUUACUAAAAUCGAGGAAUUCACUUCCAGGCCAGAUAUUGCAGAUGAUUGUUUUCUCUUGGCAUCAAGAUGCAUCCGCUACUGCCCACAAUUAUUCUUUCCAUCUCCAAUAUUUCCAUCAUUGGUUGAUUGCUCCAUGGUUGGCAUAACUGUUCAACACAGGGAGGCUUCCAACUCCAUAUUAACUUUUCUAUCAGAUAUAUGCGAUCUUAGUAAUUCUGGUCAUGGAGAACAGUACUUAUCUAUCAGAGAUGGUGUAAUGGUUCCACGAGGUGCUUGUAUUACCAGAAUAUUGCUUGCUUCCUUAACUGGAGCACUUCCUCCCUCUCGAAUAGAAUCGGUGAUUUACACAUUAGUAGCCCUAACUCGAGCAUACAAGUCUAGUGCUUUAGAAUGGGCGAAAAUUGCUGUAUCAUUAAUCCCAUUAUCGGCUGUAAAAGAGGUGGAGCGGUCAAGCUUUAUUCAAGCAUUAUCUGAUCUGGCAUCUGGGGCUAACAUUAAUGCUCUAACAAUUCCAAUCGAAGAACUGGCUGAGGUUUGCCGCAGGAAUCGAACUGUUCAGGAAAUUGUUCAAGGGGCAUUGAAGCCAUUGGAAAUUCGGAGCUAAAUUUGGCUGUUGUAUCAUAACAAUGGAAGGGGCGCGGCCAAUUUUUAUCGAGGCCAAAUCUUAGUUGUCAGCUUGAAAAGGAGUGGUUUAAAAUUUGCCUGUUAUUUUUCCAUUUGAUACUAUUAUAUUAGCAGUUUUCUUAUAUCUAUGUAACCCAAUUUUUUUUGGGUCAUAUGAGUUGUGGUAUAGAAUUGUUAUUGUGAAAAUUCUAUUUAAUUUGUGGGAUUUUGAGUGAUCAUGUAAGUAUCAUGGAUUUUUUCCCUUUUUUUUUCCUCUUGACUUAUUGAAAUUUGUUGUAAAUUUCAUUUUUUUUUUCAGUUGCUUUCUUGGUCUUCCAGACUCUUCUUUUACAAUGUAAAAGAUAAUAUGUUUUGUUUCCUUUUUUAUGAUCUCAUUUGUUAUGUACUA